AUGGCAGUGCCCGACUUAGUGACUACACGUCUGCCGACAUUGAGAUUAGCCCCAACUAGGGUUGCCAACUGGUCAAGUUAUCAGACACCCAAUCAUAGUGUCGCACCGGACGAUACACCCCCUGUGAAUCCCAUUGUCAGCCUAACUGUUACGACAAGAGCCCAAAAUGCACCCGCAUUUGUUUGCCCGGAUACUGUGGGCCAAAAGGACAGUUCAGUGAAUGUUCGGCCCAUUGCCAGCCCAACUGCAAUGACAAUAACCCGAUCUGUACUCGAAAUUGUGUGCCGGGAUGUAUUUGUGGACCCGGACUCAUACGAUAUAGCAGUACUAAUGGCAGGGGCUGAUGAGCUAGAUUAA